AUGGAGAAAAUACGCUACAUUUCAAAUAGAGGUGUAAGACACGAGUUGUCGGAUCAAAUUUUUGGGAGAAUUUGUGAAAGUAACUCCAACGCUGCUGACCAUAUCAUCACAACAAUUAAGGAUGAAUCUAAUUGUAUGGACUUUCAAUUCAAUAGACAUACAACGUCUACCAAUAAUAUAUUAGAUUACUAUAGUGGAGGGAAACUACACAUGCCUGCAGACAUAUGUCCACAGAAAUUCUCUGAAGAACUUGAUUGUUGGGGUUUACCAGAAACUGCAUUAGACACGUGUUGUUUCACAAAGUAUGUUUCCUAUUUUGAUAACUUAAACAUUUUGAAAGUGUUAGAAGAAGGUGAAUGUAAAAGAAAUACUAUGUUUGAAAUAGUAGCAACGUUGGCCGGCGGGAACGGAUGGAGGUCUGUACAAGCGAGAGUGUGGUCUGUUAUGGAAUAUCCUACUUCCUCUGUUUUAGCCAAGGUAUACCUAUACGCCAGCAAUGCUAUUGUCCUGCUGUCUUUGUUCCUACUGGUCAGCAGUACACAUCCGUUAUUUAGAAGGAAAUUAACAAAGGAUGAAUGGUUUGAUUACUUUACAACAGAGGAAGAGGAAAUGUACGACGAUUACUGGAACGAAACAUUGAACGACACAGGAAUAAAACUGCCAAGUCAUGUCUACGUUGAGAUUGGUGCUCUGUGGUAUCUCAAAAUGAUAACUUUGGCUUACUUUACGACUGAACUUAUCUGUAAACUUAUAGUGUUCCCUUUGCCAUGGAGGGAGUUUAUUACGAUUUUAAACUUCAUAGACGUUUUAGCCCUGGUUGUAAUGUAUACCACGCUCAUUGUUAAUCAAGUGAAUCCUAAAGAACAAUAUAAGGAUUCUGUACACGAUGCCGUGCAUUCACUGCAGAUAUUCAGAGUCUUUCGAUUGUUUAGGUUGGUACGGCACAUUACUGGUUUUCGAAUAUUGAUGUACGCGCUACGGGCUAGUAUUGGAGAUCUAUUAGUUAUGUUGCUAGGUUUGUGUACAGCUGUUUUACUGUUUUCGUCUCUCGCCUACCACUCGCAAGAUUCUGCCUUUUCAAAUAUCCCUGAUGCAGCUUGGUGGGCUAUCAUCACUCUAACGACAGUUGGUUAUGGAGAUAUCUACCCGACAACUAUCCAAGGCAGGCUGAUUGCUUCAAUGUGUGCACUAGUUGGGGUGUGUCUUUUUGCUCUUCUGAUACCAGUACUUGUUAAUAAUUAUCACUUAUUUUCCUCUCAUUAUGCUGGAAUUGAAAGACGACAGAAUUUAAAGAUACAACUGUUGACUAGAAAAACAGCAGUGUCACCAAAAUGA